AUGGAUCGGAAAUUAGCGCGUGCGGUGACGGAAAAGAAGCCGGUCCCGGAGAUCGACUUCUCGUUACAUACGAUGGAGGAUGGCACUCAGGUGUCGACGAACGAGAGGGUGAUUAAAGAGGUGCAAGCGCCGGCUUUAACCACUCCCUCAGACGAAUCGUUCUGGUCUCCUGAGGACCCUUCCAAGCCGAAUCUCCAGUUCCUCAGACAGCACUUCUAUCGGGAAGGCCGUCUUACGGAGGAACAGGCGCUAUGGAUCAUACACGCUGGUACGCAGCUGUUGAAGGCGGAGCCCAACUUGUUGGAAAUGGAUGCGCCCAUUACUGUGUGUGGUGAUGUGCACGGACAAUAUUACGAUUUGAUGAAGCUGUUCGAAGUUGGCGGCGAUCCUUCCGAGACGAGGUAUUUGUUCUUGGGUGACUAUGUUGACAGAGGUUACUUCAGUAUUGAGUGCGUUCUUUACCUCUGGGCUUUGAAGAUCUGGUACCCCAAUACGCUCUGGCUAUUGCGUGGAAACCACGAGUGCAGACAUCUCACAGAUUACUUCACUUUCAAACUGGAGUGUAAGCACAAAUAUAGCGACACUAUCUAUGAGGCUUGCAUUGAAUCUUUCUGCUCGUUGCCGCUGGCGGCGGUUAUGAACAAGCAAUUCCUUUGCAUCCACGGAGGUCUCAGUCCGGAACUGCACACCUUGGAGGAUAUCAAGGCGAUCGAUCGCUUCAGGGAACCCCCAACUCAUGGUCUGAUGUGUGAUAUUCUUUGGGCCGAUCCUCUGGAAGAAUUCGGACAAGAAAAGACUGGAGAAUAUUUCAUCCACAACAGCGUUCGGGGUUGUUCUUACUUCUUCUCCUACCCAGCUGCAUGUGCAUUCCUCGAAAAGAAUAACCUGCUUUCGAUCAUUCGAGCACACGAAGCGCAGGAUGCCGGAUACCGCAUGUACAGAAAGACGCGGACGACCGGAUUCCCUAGUGUGAUGACCAUCUUCAGUGCCCCCAACUAUCUCGAUGUGUACAACAACAAGGCCGCCGUUCUGAAAUACGAAAAUAAUGUAAUGAAUAUCCGCCAGUUCAACUGCACACCUCACCCAUACUGGCUGCCUAACUUCAUGGACGUGUUCACCUGGUCUCUUCCCUUCGUUGGUGAGAAGAUCACCGACAUGCUCAUUGCCAUUCUGAACACCUGCUCCAAGGAGGAACUUGAGGACGACACUCCCACAUCUGUAUCGCCUACAGGUCCCAUGUCCCCGUCUGUUCCCAUGGAUGUCGAGAGCAGCGAAUUCAAGCGCCGUGCAAUCAAGAACAAGAUUCUUGCCAUUGGUCGUCUCUCGCGUGUCUUCCAGGUGUUGCGUGAAGAGUCCGAGAAGGUCACUGAGCUCAAGACAGCGACUGGUGGACGUCUUCCCGCGGGUACUUUGAUGCUUGGAGCGGAAGGUAUCAAGCAGGCUAUCACCAACUUCGAGGAUGCUCGUAUGGUUGACUUGCAGAACGAGCGUCUACCCCCCUCCCAAGAAGAGGUCUACAAGAAGAGUGAAGAAGACAGACAGAGGGCCCUUGAGCGUGCUCAGCAUGAAGCAGACAAUGACCAAGGACUGGCCACAGUGGCGAGGCGCAUCAGCAUGUAA